AUGGUUCCAUUACUUAUCAGAUUGUGUGUAAAAGUAGUGGAAGCAAAUGGUAUGGAUACGGUUGGUAUUUACCGAAUUCCGGGUAAUACGGCUGCUGUGAAUGCCCUGAAAGAAACACUCAAUAGUGGCUUUACAAAUAUCAAUUUUACGGAUCCAAGAUGGAAUGAUGUAAAUGUUGUAAGCAGUCUGCUAAAAAUGUUCUUGCGUAAAUUACCUGAACCAUUGCUAACAGAUAAAUUAUAUCCAUUUUUCAUUGAUGCGAAUCGAAUCGUUUCCCAUCCACAACGAUUACGAAAACUUCGCUAUUUGACUCGUAAACUUCCUUCUGCUCAUUAUGAAACGUUGAAAUAUUUGAUGGAACAUUUAAGAGCGGUGGUCAAGCAUAGCGAUGUCAAUAAGAUGGAAACGCGUAAUUUAGCAUUAAUGUUUGGUCCAUCGAUUGUAAGGCCUAGCGAUGACAAUAUGGCUACUAUGGUGACACAUAUGUCUGAUCAAUGCAAAAUCAUUGAAACAUUCAUUACUUAUUAUGACUGGAUGUUCGAUGAUAAUGUAAAAGCGGAGGAGGAUAAAGUACCACCGCAAAUUACCACAUCAAAUGAUUCUACCGCAGGCAAUAGUCUUGCCGCUGGUAGUAGUGAGAAUGAUUCCGGUAUUAUGGUCACAUCAUUUAAUGAUAUGCAUAAUUUAAUUAGACGGGUUAAUGAAGCCGAAGCGAUUGCUUUGAUGGAUGCACAAAAAAGUGGAAAGAUAAAACAAAUUUUAAAUGUACGACGUAAUUCGAAACGUGAAAAGCGAAAGAAAGUACGUGAUCAUUCGGUUCAUGCUUCAAGUAUUCCAUCUGCGCAGAAUAUUUGCAAAAUUACUAAAAUACCGGAUAGUGAUGCUAAUAAAUGUGAACAUUCAGUCACGGGAAUUUAUCAGGAACGUGAUAUCGAUGCCGAAAUAGUCUCACGUCAGCAGCAAAGUUCAGUGAAAUCCACGCAACAGUAUUGUGGUACCAGCUCGUCAGCGGAUCAUUCACCAUCGCUUGGUUCAUCACACGAUUCUACUUCUCAUGCAGUAACUUCUCGCUUCAAUUUAUGUGAAAUGAAAAAUGAAAAUGCAGGAAAUGUGCAAAAUUACACGGAAGCAGACGAAAUGAGGCGUCGAAGGCAAAAGGAAAUUUAUUCUGCACGAAGGAUUUUUAUUGCUGGUACAGAUGCAGAUCUGGAUGAUGAUGCUGAUCUUGAUGAUCUUGUUAAUCAUUCUCGACAUCUAAAUUUAGCAUCAUCGCCUACUCUUGAUGUUCUGAGUGCUGAAACACGUGAGAAGAUUCGACGUUUGCAACAACUUCAAGGAUGGGCUUCCACUGCACUCGAAAGACGUGAUGUUGAAAUGGGAAUGAAGACGAAACGUUCGUUAGCACAAAAGACUCAUGUUGAGAAAUCGGUACCAACAAUGAAGACAACAGUGGAAGAUUUUUCAUCAACAGAUGCAUUAUCAUUAACAUCUGAUUACAGUACCACAUCAUCUGCACCAUUAACUAUUCCUGUUACUGUUUCAUGUGUUGAUCAUCUUGCAACUGCAAGUAGUGAUUAUGCAUCUAGUGAUUUAUCACCAUAUACUCGUAAUGCUAGUACAUCACCAAGACAUCCUGAUUUAGAAACUGUAGAAGGAUCACAUCAAGGAUCAUCAUUAUCCACCGGUGAAGAUUGUUACAGUGAUUCCAGAGAUCCGGAAAGUACCGUACUGGAGAUUCCUUCGUCAUGUCAGUAUUUGCUUAUCACUGAGAAGAAACGUUCAAAAAGUCAACCAAAGCUUCAUCGAUCUCAUGCAGCAUUUUCGGAAUCCGAAAUAGCAGAUACCGUGCCAACUUCAUCAAACCAGUACAAUGGAAAAAAUCCAUUUACUGAUGAAUCUAAAAUGAAUGAUCGACGAGAGCUGUGGAGGAGACAUACACUUAGCGACAUGGAUAUCAUUCGUCAGACUUUACGAGAAGAAAUGAAACGAAAAAAUAAUGCACUGUUCAAUUCACAAAUCAAAAAUACACAUUCGGAUAUUGGUAGCAGCAAAGUGAAUAAAUUUGCCCGAUGGCUAAAGAAUAGCUUUCUUCGUUCCUCGAAUGCAUCUGUGAAUGAUGGUGCUAUUAGAGGUAAUCGAACUGAAAUUAUUAUCAAUGAUAUCACUGAUGAUACUCAUGAGAAAUCUGUAACAUCAACAGUAUCGAAAACAGUUAGAUCAACAGAUGGAAGUGUGUCAUCAUCAGUUGGAUCAAACGGUGACAUGACAUCACCAGGUGAAGUUUUACCUUCCUCGGGUGAUGAACAAUUAUGA